UCGGUCUUUCUCCUUCUCCCUCACUCUUCCUCCUCAAUCCCUCCCCUCCCCUCCCCCUUCCCUCCUCUGGCUCCAGCCUGCGAGGGCGCGCGGGUGGAUUAGGCUAUGGAGUAAGCCGCAGCUUCCGCCGGACGCUGAAGCUGAGCAGUUGCGACCGGGAGGUGUUUGGCGGGGCGGGGGAAACGAACCUCAGAACCGCCCUUCCCGGGAGAAGAGGGGAAGAGGUGAGUGACCGCUCACGGGCACCGAGUGACCUCCUCGCCGGCCGCGCACCUGCCUGGGCCGCCAAGGCCGGCGAAGAAGGCAUGGGGAAGGACCUGCGCUGGGGCUAGGCCUCCCAAAGACCCCAGUGCUGGCGACUGUUGCUAGGUGACGGGCCUGCGGGCUGAGAGCCGGUCUGGCAGGGCGGUGGGCGCCCGUGUGAAGCCCGGCUCGGGGAGCGGCAAGCUCCGGGGAGCGGAUCCGAGAGGCCCGAGUCUGCAGAAGAGGCCUUGAGGUGACGGGAGACCCAGGGCCGGAGCCGUCUGCUGCAGGGAGAGCCCUCCGUUCUGGCCCAGGAGCUCGGGUUUCCGUUGUGGAGCUCUUGGUUCCCUUUUGGGAAAUUGGACACUCCUUCGGGACUGGGUGAGACGGCUCCCCUCACUUCUGAGGUCCGCGUCUGAUAGAUAACCUGGGUUACCUCCCGGCGUCCUUUUCUGACAGUAGGCAACUAUAAUUACCCAAUAUUGCAGCCAUGGAGUCCAUGCUUAAUAAGUUGAAGAGUACUGUUACAAAAGUAACAGCAGAUGUCACCAGUGCUGUAAUGGGAAAUCCUGUCACUAGAGAAUUCGAUGUUGGUCGACACAUUGCCAGUGGUGGCAAUGGGCUAGCUUGGAAGAUUUUUAAUGGCACAAAAAAAUCAACAAAACAGGAAGUGGCGGUUUUUGUCUUUGAUAAAAAGCUGAUUGACAAAUAUCAAAAAUUUGAAAAGGAUCAAAUCAUUGAUUCUCUAAAACGAGGAGUCCAACAAUUAACUCGACUACGACACCCUCGACUUCUUACUGUCCAGCAUCCUUUAGAAGAAUCCAGGGAUUGCUUGGCAUUUUGUGCAGAACCAGUUUUUGCCAGUUUAGCUAAUGUCCUAGGUAACUGGGAAAAUCUGCCUUCUCCUGUGUCUCCAGACAUUAAGGAUUAUAAACUUUAUGAUGUAGAAACCAAAUAUGGUUUGCUUCAGGUUUCUGAAGGGUUGUCAUUUUUACACAGCAGUGUGAAAAUGGUUCAUGGAAAUAUUACACCUGAAAAUAUAAUUUUGAAUAAAAGUGGAGCCUGGAAAAUAAUGGGUUUUGAUUUUUGUGUAUCAUCUACCAAUCCUUCUGAACAAGAGCCCAAGUUUCCUUGUAAAGAAUGGGACCCAAAUUUGCCAUCAUUGUGUCUUCCAAAUCCUGAAUAUUUGGCUCCUGAAUACAUACUUUCUGUGAGCUGUGAAACAGCCAGUGAUAUGUACUCUUUAGGAACUGUCAUUUAUGCUGUAUUUAACAAAGGGAAACCUGUAUUUGAGGUUAACAAGCAAGAUAUUUACAAGAGUUUCAGUAGGCAGUUGGAUCAGUUGAGUCGUUUAGGAUCUAGUUCACUUACAAAUAUACCAGAGGAAGUCCGUGAACAUGUAAAACUACUGUUAAAUGUAACUCCAACUGUGAGACCAGAUGCAGAUCAAAUGACAAAGAUUCCCUUCUUUGAUGAUGUUGGUGCAGUAACACUGCAGUAUUUUGAUACCUUAUUCCAAAGAGAUAAUCUUCAGAAAUCACAGUUUUUUAAAGGAUUGCCAAAGGUUCUACCAAAACUGCCCAAGCGUGUCAUUGUGCAGAGAAUUCUGCCCUGUUUGACUUCAGAAUUUGUAAAUCCUGACAUGGUACCGUUUGUUUUGCCCAAUGUUCUACUGAUUGCUGAAGAAUGCACCAAAGAAGAAUAUGUCAAAUUAAUUCUACCUGAACUUGGCCCUGUCUUUAAACAGCAAGAGCCAAUACAGAUUUUGUUAAUUUUCUUACAAAAAAUGGAUUUGCUACUAACCAAAACUCCUCCUGAUGAGAUAAAGAACAGUGUCCUACCAAUGGUUUACAGAGCACUAGAGGCUCCUUCCAUUCAGAUCCAGGAACUCUGUUUAAACAUCAUUCCAACCUUUGCAAAUCUUAUAGACUACCCAUCCAUGAAAAAUGCCUUGAUACCAAGAAUUAAAAAUGCAUGUCUGCAAACAUCUUCCCUUGCUGUUCGUGUAAAUUCAUUAGUGUGCUUAGGAAAGAUUUUGGAAUACUUGGAUAAGUGGUUUGUACUUGAUGAUAUCCUGCCCUUCUUACAACAAAUUCCAUCCAAGGAACCCGCAGUCCUCAUGGGGAUUUUAGGCAUUUACAAAUGUACUUUUACUCAUAAGAAGUUGGGAAUCACCAAAGAGCAGCUCGCUGGCAAAGUAUUGCCUCAUCUUAUUCCUCUGAGUAUUGAAAAUAAUCUUAAUCUCAAUCAGUUCAAUUCUUUCAUUUCCGUCAUUAAAGAGAUGCUUAAUAGAUUGGAGUCUGAACAUAAGACUAAGCUGGAGCAACUUCAUAUAAUGCAAGAACAGCAGAAAUCUUUGGAUAUAGGAAAUCAAAUGAAUGCUUCUGAUGAAACAAAAGUUACAAAUGUUGGGUCUCAGAUUGACAAAGUCUUUAACAAUAUUGGAGCAGACCUUCUGACCGGUGGUGAGUCAGAAAAUAAAGAGGAUGUGUUACAGAAUAAACAUAAAAGAGCAUCGCUUACACUUGAAGAAAAACAAAAAUUAGCAAAAGAACAAGAGCAGGCACAGAAGUUGAAAAACCAGCAGCCUCUUAAACCCCAAGUGCACACACCUAUUGCUCCUGUCAAACAGACUAAGGACUUGACAGAUACAUUGAUGGAUAAUAUGUCAUCUUUGACCAGCUUGUCUGUUAGUGUCCCUAAAAGUUCUGCUUCAAGUACCUUCACUUCUGUUCCUUCCAUGGGCCUUGGCAUGAUGUUUUCUACACCAAUUGAUAAUACAAAGAGGAAUUUGACAAAUGGCCUAAAUGCUAACAUGGGCUUUCAGACUUCAGGAUUCAGCAUGCCAGUGAACGCAAACCCGAACUUCUUCAGUGGUCCGAGCACACCUGGAGUGACCGCGAUGCCCCUGGGAACACCUUCUGCUGUGCCAAACUUUAGUGCCGUGGGGGUCCCUCCCGCUGGUGGAAAGCAGACUCAACAAAGACCCACAGACAUGUCCGCUCUUAACGAUCUCUUUGGCCCUCAGAAACCCAAAGUUAGCAUGAACCAGUUAUCACAACAGAAACCGAGUCAGUGGCUUAAUCAGUUCACACCUCCUCAAGGGUCUCCAGGGAUGGGCAGUGCAGUAAUGGGAACACAGAUGAACAUGAUGGGACCAUCUGCCUUUGGGAUGCAGGCUAAUCCUUUCUUUAACCCCCAGAACUUUGCACAGCCACCAACCACUAUGACCAAUAGCAGUUCAGCUAGCAAUGAUUUAAAAGAUCUUUUUGGGUGAGGUGUAUUGCUCCUAUUUUUGAAAGAUUACUUCAGUUUUAAUCAUGGGUGAACUGAUUUACAUCUUUGUAUAGUUUGCUUGGAGGAACUGCUUCUGUGGGAAAAUGGAUGAUUCUAAGAGAGAGAACACCUGUUUCCAUACCAGCAUAGUGGUUGUAUGGACUUCUGUUAAGAGUAGAGUUUUUUAAAGCAUUGAGGAUUUUUUUCCCUCUUACCAUAUUCUCUUCAGGUUUUUAAAAGACCCAAUCUGUACCUAUUUCAAAGAGAAAAAAAAGAUACCCGAGUAUCUUGAAUAACAGAAUUUUUAAAUCAAAUGUUUAUUUUGCUUGAAAAUCUGGUAUUAUUUUAAAAAAUUGAGUUGAUGAUAAUUUCAGGUUUUAUCUAUCAUAUAUACUACAUGGUACACAGUCUGCCUUCACAAGUCAUUAGUCUUCAUUUCAGUAUGUGAAAAAUCUUGAUGCUGCAUUGAUUUGUUUGCAUUUAGUAUGACUGAAUGAGGAAAUAAUAAGCAAAAUGAGAAAGGAAUGGUCACUUGCUUUUUCCAAUCUUGCUUAGUUCUCAGAUGAACUGAUGUUUAGUACAAAAGACUGAGCAAAUACUGCAAAUUUAACAUAAUGUUGAUUUCAUUGGUUCAAACUAAAGGCAUUAUUAACCACCUUAAAUGCAAAUUACUCAUUGUAAAUUAUAUUUUAGCAUGGUCUGCCUCAAAUAGUAAUGUAUUUUUUUUGCAUUUAUUUGGACAUAUUUAGAAUCACUUUUUCCUAUGGUAUUGCAGACAGUAGAGGCAGGUACUGAUUUGUACAGAUGUUUGACAAAGCCCUCUGAUGUGAUUUCUCUGACUACUGCCUUCAUAUUUCAUCGGAAUUCAAAAAUCUGAGGUUGAAAUAUACAUGAAUUACAUUUUCAAAAGGAGAUUUGUAAGAAUUAAACUAUAUUUAAUGAGUAAACUUUUGAGAUUUCUGCUGUAUUGUUUCAAAUGUAAUAAACUUUACUUCUAUAAAAA